AAAAGUGUUAAGAGUCAAAUGUCAACAACCAUCAAACGACUCUCACUCACCUUUGUUUUUCUCUCUCCAUACAACACUAUUCACACCCCCGAAUCAUUGAUUUUUCCCCUUAUUAGAUUCAAUUCAACAAUUCAACCCAAUUCAAUAAUACUUCCCCAAACAUCUUUUUUUAUCAUAAUCCACCACCUUAAUUUCCCCAAAUUAAUGCAACAGCAACCGCAACCGCCGCCACUGUCGCCGCCACCAUCAUCUUCCAUGACCCCCUUCAAAAAGCGUCUUCUUCACAGAGUUGAAGACCCUACUGACGAGAAGGAAGAUGAGGAAUACGCGGCGGAAAAACAGGAGAGGCUGGAGAGUGAUUACAAAAAUCCAUCUUACGAAGAUGAGAGGUUCGAAAGAGAAUAUAUAAACGAGCAUGAAGAAGGGAAGCUUGAAGAACAUGAGUUAAGUGAGGAUAAUUUGUACGAUGAACAUGGAUUUGAUCAAGAUGCUUACAAGAAAGAAAGACAUGAUGUAGUUAGAGAGAGACAAAAGAAGAAAGAGUUAGAAGUAUUUGUUGGUGGGCUAGAUCGCGAUACGACUGAAGUAGAUCUUAGGGAAGUUUUUAGUCAAGUUGGUGACAUUACCGAAGUUAGGCUUUUGAUGAAUCCUAUGACAAACAAAAACAAAGGUUUCGCUUUCAUACGCUUUGCGACUGUCGAGCAAGCAAGGCGUGCUUUAAAUGAUUUCAAGCGUCCAACGAUUAAAGGAAAGCAAUGCGGAGUCGCUCCGAGUCAAGAUAGCGAUACAUUAUUUGUCGGUAAUAUCUGCAAGACAUGGUCAAAGGAUAUGUUGAAGGAAAAGUUAGUACGUUACGGUAUAGAUAAGUUUGAAGAGUUGACAUUAGUUGAAGAUGCUAAAAGCGAAGGUCUGAAUAGGGGAUUCGCGUUUCUAGAUUUCCCAACUAGAGCGGACGCAUUGGAAGCUUGUAGACGUCUGCAGAAACGGGAUGUAAUAUUCGGAACCGAUCGGACGGCUCGGGUUGCUUUUGCCGACACCUUUAUUGAACCUGAUGAUGAGAUCAUGGCACAAGUGCGAACCGUAUUUGUUGACGGUUUGCCUCCUUCUUGGGAGGAGGAUAUUAUAAAGGAUCAUCUGCGGCAGUUUGGGAAAAUUGAGAAGGUUGAACUUGCUAGAAAUAUGCCUGCUGCUAAACGGGAUGAUUUUGGUUUUAUAACAUUUAGCACACAUGAAGCUGCGGUAUCUUGUGUUGACGGUAUCAAUGAUUCGGAGCUUGUUUUCAGAAACAAAAAGGUGAAAGUUCGAGCAAGGCUAUCUAGGCCACGCCAGAGAGGUAAAUCGUCUAAAUAUGCCCGUGGUGGUUACACUGUUGGAGCCGAUAGUUACGGUGGUUACAAGAGCUCUUGGGUGCCCGGUUCAAACCGUAUGGAUACUCAUAGGCUCUCAGAUAGGUCUAGAAGAACCGUUCGGGACCGUAGUCCAUAUGAAACGGGCCGUAGAAGGUCAUAUGAUUCUAGAGACCAUCGAGAAUAUGAUGUCUCUGUCUCUGAUAGAACUGCUAGCAAACGACCUUAUACCUCUACGGACCGGUCUUUAAAACGAAGAUCUCCAGUUUAUGAAAGGAGCGGUUUUAAAACAGAGUACGUGAGGCAAAAUGCGGGAAUGUCUUCAAAUGAGUGGCCGGUUUAUAGAGAUUCUUACUCUUCACGUGGAGCUAAUUACAUUGAAGAUUCUUCAAGAAAUAUUUCUCGUGGUCAUGGUCGGCGUGUUUAUGAUGAUGAUGAUGACGACGCUGGUGGUAGGUACAUGUAUGUUGACCAUCCAUCACGAUACAAUGAUGGCGGUGGCCGUAAUUUUGGUUCAUCUUCUGGCUUAAAACGACCUUACUCAUCAAUUGAGGAACACCAUCCUCGUUACACAGAAUCAUCCCGGAGGCAAUCAAGGCCAGAUUUUGAUUACGCCAAUAGUUCCGAUUUGGUAUACAAUGACAGGAUGUAUGGAACUGAACCAUCAAGGCUGUCACGUGGGUCCCGUAACCAGAAUUCUGCAGGGCAUUCUCAUGGAAUUUAUGAUAAAAAUGCCUCAAAUGUAGGCUACAGAAGAGAUAUUGCCAAUGAGGAUCCAGAAGAGAUGUACCCUAGAUAUGGAAGAGAACGCGAGUCGCGGGACUACAUUCCUUCACGAUCAGAAAUGCGUGCAGAGUCGUAUUCACCCGGAUACUCUAACCAUCGUGUGACAGAUGGUUAUGCGGGCGGCAGGGUGUCCGACUCAUACUACUGAGAGAAAACAAGCCGAUAACCCGAGUGAUUUAGAGGCUUAAAUCAGUAGUUUUGGGUUCACUAAAUCCGUACUGAGAUGGGCAGGUUGUAAGAUUAAGUGGAUUUUUCAAGUUUACUUCAAUAAGACUCGUUAUGUAUGAAUAUGUGGUGCCGACAUGAUCCUUAUAAUUUUUACUGUGGAUUGGUAGACGAGUUUGGAAAUGUGUACCGUUUUAUUUCGAGAUUUUAAAUAAGAAACCAUGGAUCAUAACAGUUUAUGCAGA